AUGUCUCUUUCUGGGGCUAAUAAAGAUGGAGGAGAGUUGAGGAUUCAUGAGAGUUUGGAUGAGCUACGCACUGAUUUGGCAGAUUAUAUUGCGGAAUUGUCAGAGGUGUCAGUGAAAGAGCGGGGUGUCUUUGCCAUUGCUUUAUCUGGUGGUUCUCUUAUUGGUUUGAUGGGAAAACUCUGUGAAGCUCCUUAUAACAAGACUGUCGACUGGGCUAAGUGGUACAUAUUUUGGGUCGAUGAACGUGUUGUUGCAAAAAAUCAUGCUGAGAGCAAUUAUAAGUUAGCAAAGGAUGGUCUUUUGUCCAAGGCUCUGAGAAAGCAUAACAGGAACUUGAGUUGA